AUGCUUGCUCAGAGGUUGUCUCGCCGCGCCGCCGCCGCAGCUCCGCGUGCUGGCGUGCGCGCUCUGGCCACAACAGCCUCGAGGCAGACGCAUACGCCGUCGAUGGGCGACAUCAACCCCACGGCGGGCGCGGUCGAAACCUUCAACGAGAAGCAGAGAGCAUUCAGAGAGCAGCUGGUGGAAGCGCAGAAGGAACGGGGAGCUCGUGCGUUUGGAUCCCAGAACUUGCCCGACCCCGCCACCCCUAACCAAAGCUCAUCUCAAACCGCUGCAGGAGCUACGGCCUCGGCCCAGAGUGGCGAGCCUGAUCGCAAGCAAGGGCCGCUGACGAACCUCAUCUAUGGCACUAAGGAAGGCAGAGAGAUGGAGGCCCAGAUGGAGGCCAGCUUCAGCCAGGUCCUGGCUAGAGGCAAAUACGUCCACUCCAUUGUGUUCCACGAGGUCCAGCCGGACAAGGUGGACGAGUAUGUCAAGCUCACGGGCGAAUUCUACCCCAAGAUGGCCAAUACGCCCGAGAACAAGGUUCACCUGGUCGGAAGUUGGCGAACAGAGGUUGGCGACUGCGACACCUUUGUGCACAUUUGGGAGUACCAGCGGUACGAGGGCUACCACGAAUCCCGACACUCCAUCUCCCACCAUCCCGACUUUGCCGAUUUCAACAAGAAGCUCAGCAAGUUGAUCACUUCCAAGAAGAUUUCUCUGAUGCAAGAGUUUUCCUUCUGGCCUACCACUCCCCCGCGCGAGCUGGGCGGUGUCUUUGAGCUUCGAUCAUAUACUCUCCACCCCGGCAACCUGCUGGAGUGGGAGACUCACUGGAGAAGGGGCCUCAAGGCUCGAAGGGAGGUCAUGGAAGGCGUUGGAGCCUGGUUCGUCCAGAUUGGAGAGCUCAACACGGUCCACCACCUCUGGCAGUUUGCCAAUCUUGAGGAGCGAAGGGCCCGCCGAGAGAAGAGCUGGUCGGUUGAGGGCUGGAGCGAUACGGUGCACAAGACGGUGCCUCUGAUCCAGUCCAUGCAGUCCAGGAUCCUCAUCCCCAUGCCCUGGUCGCCUGUCGCAUAA